AUGGAUGGCCCAUUUAGAAUCGACGACGGGGCCCGCCAGGCCUACAUCGAGAGCCGCUUGGGCGGCAAGGCCGCGAAGGCACUGACCCCGUAUCUUCGGGAUUCCCACCCUGACAAGAUCGACAGCUCUGACAAGCUCUUGCGCCACUUGUAUGCGGAAUACCACAACCCAAUGCAGGAAGAGCGCGCCAAAGAUGAGGUUGACGAUCUUGUGAUGGGCAACAAUGACGACUUUGCACAACAAAAGACGUCCAUGCUUAAGGAAGCCUGGCUCGCAGUCGCCCAGCGGGACAAGGACCAUGCAAGCAACGCAGGUCAUGCCGCGGAGGGGGAAGCAUUCGGACCCGAGCACACGACCGCAGCAGCCCACCCGGCAACGGCAGCUACAUCCCAGCCCUCGGCAGUCAUCGGUGUCAGUGAGGAGGGCCCAGGACGCGACGGCAACUCCAAGUGA